UGCACUUCACUUGCACUUCACUCUGCUGCAAACAUGGGGCUGCAGACUCAGGCUCUUGUCUCUGCAAAAUGGCUCGCAAACAUGGUCAAUCGCAACCUUGUCGGACCGCGUCUGCGGAUCCUGGACACGUCCUGGUACCUGCCGAUGAUGAAACGAGACGGCAAGAAGGAGUUCGCGCAGUCUCACAUCCCGGGAGCGUCUUUUUUCGACAUCGACGAGUGCUCGGACAGGACCUCCAAGUUUGAUCAUAUGCUCCCCACCGAGCAGUUCUUCGCAGACUACGUGGGGAACUUGGGCAUCGGAAAUGACAGCCAUGUGGUUGUUUACGACGCCAGUGAUUUUGGGGCGUUUUCCUGCACCAGGGUUUGGUGGAUGUUCCGGUUGUUCGGCCACCCUCAGGUGUCGGUGUUGAACGGGGGUUUCAGGACCUGGGUCAGGGAAGGACACCCAGCCACAGGCGCGUACACCAAGCCUGCAGCGGCGCGCUUCACCGCCACCAUGAACCGCUCCUGGGUGAAGUCAUUUGAGGACGUUACAGAGAACAUUUCAACUCUGCAGUAUCAGGUGGUGGAUGUGAGACCCAGGGAAAGGUUCCUGGGGAGAGAGCCUGAACCAAGAGAGGGUGUCCAACCGGGCCACAUCCCUGGCUCCAAAUGCAUGCCUUUCCUGGAGUUUCUCGAUGACGAUGGCAUGAUGCUAUCCACAGAGAAGCUGAAGAAAUUCUUUAAGGAGUCACAGGUGGACCUGAAUAAGCCACUCUGCGGAUCCUGUGGCUCCGGGGUGACCGCCUGUCACAUGGUGCUGGCUGCCCAUCUGUGCGGCGCUCCAGGGGCGUCUGUGUACGAUGGAUCCUGGUAUGAGUGGUUCACCAAAGCUCCGCCAGAGCAUGUCGCCUCCGAGGUCAAAAGCAAGCUUUAAAGAGGACGAAAGCGUGACGAAGUUUUAUUUUCAGAUCUGAUUAAAAAUUCACUUUGUUAAUGA